GCGGCCGGGCCAUAUAGCGGGAGGCCGAGGAAGAGGUGGUCCCAGGGAGGGCUCUCAGGGGCACAGACACCCGGGCGGCCUCCACCUGCCAACAUGAAGCUCUCCGUCGCCUUCUUGUGCUUCUCGCUCAUCAUCUGCUGCUAUUCCGGAGCGGCUUCGGGCAACGAGUUUUUCUUGGACUUCCUUCAAACGCUGCUGGUGGGCAGCCUGAAAGAAUUGUACGAGGGGCCGCUGUCCCACUUCAAAAUCAACGCCGCCGCCAAGCGGGCAAUGGCUGAGCUCAAGUCCUGCAUCGAUCACCUGGAGCCGCAGAACAAAGCCGAGCUGGUGAAGUUGCUGGUGCUGGUGCUGGAAGAGCAGGACGCCAAAUCCUGAGGGCCUCGGCCCGAUGUCCGGCGAAUGACCGCCCACCCCGCCCACCCCCACGGCGGUUGAAGGCCGGACGUCCCCCCUCUUCCUGGCCGGGAACCGUGCUGUCGUUGCUGCGUUUUCCGCCCCCCUGUGCUUGUAGUCCCCCCCCACCGAGCCCCCCUCAGCAUCGGGGAG